CGGAAUUCAUGUUGAGAUUUCAAACCGUCAAGCUUGCUUUUUCCUAUCCCUAUAUUAAAGCGAUAUGUGGUGACUUGAAAGAUGUACACUCACAAGCUUUCCUGUUAUUGAUGAAUAACUGCUAUGAUUGUUGCGCGUGUAAGACUACAGACAUGGAGACAAAGUUGUUUUCAAAGUAUCUCGCACGUGUAGAGUUCUCAUCAGACGCUCUCCUUAACUUCAACUCAGAGCUCUAACUAAUAAAGAUUUGCAGUAUCAAGAUUUACGAUAAAUUUUUACAUUAACUUCAAUAAUUUAUGGAGAAGUUUGUUGUAUCUGCUCCUGCAAAAGCUAUAUUAUUUGGUGAGCAUGCUGUUGUAUACGGUUAUCCAGCUAUCGCUACUACAAUUGAACUACGUUGUUAUUUUACAGUUACUAUUAUGAAGGAGGCUUGUGAAGAUAUUAUUUUAUAUUUUAAAGAUUUAUCAGAAAACAGCAUUCAUAUUCCAUUCAAAAUGUUUCAUUCUAUUUCAAAUAAACAAUCUGUUUUGGAAUAUGCAUGGAAAUUAGUAUCAGAGCUUUUCGAUUGUGCUUAUCAUGACUGUCCUCAAAAUUCCCCUAUCAUUGUUAGUACAUGUGUCAUGAUAUAUCUAUUUAUUCGUGCUAUACAACUGCGAAGUACUGAACGUAACAAUCAACAAUUUCCACUCUUUGAUGGGAAAAAAACUAUAUGUAUAGAAAUUCACUCAGAAAUUCCUAGAGAAUGUGGUAUAGGAUCUUCGGGUGCAUUUUCAGUUGCUGCUACUACUACCAUACUGUUACUAACCGGCUAUUAUCCACUUGUACAAGUUUGGGACAUUGAUAAGUCUCAACGUAAGUUAAUAUCUUCCUUGGCCAGAGACGCCGAAUGCAUUAUUCAUGGAAAAUCUUCAGGUUUAGAUAGUACGAUAUGUACAUAUGGGGGUACUAUGGUUUUUUGGAAAGAUCAACUUCCUUUAUUUCAAGAAAUCAAUAUCCCAAAUCGUGAUUCUGUAAAAUUACUCAUAGUAAAUACUAACAUUACUCGUUCCACAUCUGUCGCUGUACAAAAGGUUUAUGACAAGUGGAAGGAAGAUAAAACGUAUGUAAAUUCCAUUUUCAAAGAGAUAGGUAUUAUUGUGGAUGAAGUAAUUGACAUUUUGAAUCAGAAACAUAGCUGGGAAAGUGAUCAAUCUCUUACUCCUCAUAUUUAUAGAAAUCAGCACUUGCUUCAAGAAUUAGGAGUGUCGCAUUCAGUCUCAAAUGAAGUAAUUGAAGAAUUAAAACAAGUUGGUAUUCCGGCGAAAGUCACUGGAGCAGGCCUCGGAGGUUGUGUAGUUGGAUUUAUUCCAGGAGUAGAGCACGACAACUCAAAACUCGAUGAUCUUAUCAGUAGUUUGCAGAAGCGCUCUUUAUGGGCCAAAGUUACUUCUGUUGAAGCUACUGGUGUAAAAUACAAUUCCUAUUUUAUAUAAA